GCCGGCGUCGAAUCGCAGGCGGGCGUAGAACACACGUCUAACGUCGAACGCUUGUUAUUGCUAUUUUUCUGUGUAAAAUUAUUACAUUUGUUAGUGACCAUAUUGGAGAUUUCUUCAUAAUUAUCUCAUUUAACGUAGUUAUACAUUACAAGGCUGAAUAAACACGCUUUUAAAAUGUCCGGAAUUAGUAAAAUCAUUCCCCACAUUUCCAGUCGUAAUUUUGGAACAGUAAGUGCCGCGUUAUACAGUGGGAAAUACAAUAGGAGUUAUUUUACGUACACACAAGAAUUGUCACAGCCGUUGGAUCGGAAGCCGGAUUUUGUGACAGCGAAGGAAGCUUUUGAAAAAUGUUUAAAAUCAGGUCUAACUGUAUUCGCGCAAGGUGCCGCCGCCACGCCCGCUCCUCUCCUGGACGCCAUGACAGACGUAGGCAUGACUGGCUCUAUGAAAGAUAUCAAGGUCGUGCACAUGCACACCGAGAAGGAGGCCAAAUACGUCAGACCCGAAUGCAAGGACGCUUUCAGAUCCUGUUCCCUCUUUAUGGCGGCGAACGUCCGGAAAUCAGUAGCCGAAGGUCGAUCCGACGCCAUUCCUAUCUUCCUGCAGGACAUUCCCAAGCUGUUCCACAGGAAGAUCAUCCGUCCUGAUAUUGCUGUCAUCCAGGUAUCUCCCCCAGAUCACCACGGGUACUGCAGUCUUGGCACGUCUGUGGACUGCGUCAGAGCAGCGCUCGCCAAUUCAAAGAUCAUUAUUGCGCAAGUCAACGAGAAAAUGCCUCGCACGUUCGGCGACGCGAUUAUUCACAUGUCGCACAUCGACUACGCGGUUGAGGACAACACGCCCUUGCCGGAGCACGGUGUCGGCAAGGGCGCCAGUCCUGAGGAGACCAAGAUCGGUCAGCUCAUUGGAGAGAAUCUUGUUGAGGACGGUGCUACUUUGCAAAUGGGCAUCGGUAGCAUCCCCGACGCAGUGCUAUCAGAGCUAAAGAACCACAAAGACCUCGGCAUCCACUCGGAGAUGUUCAGCGUAGGUGUCAUUGACCUGGUGCAACGCGGUUGCGUCACUAAUAACAAGAAGAAAAUGCACAAGGGCCGCAUCGUGGGCAGUUUCCUUGUGGGCAAUAAGAAACUCUACGACUUCGUCGAUAACAACCCUUUCAUUGAAAUGCUGGAAAUCGACUACGUAAACAAUACGCACAUCGUGUCUCUGCAGCCGACCAUGACGGCGAUCAACUCUUGCAUCGAGGUCGACCUCACAGGGCAAGUCUGCGCCGACUCUAUUGGAACACGCAUGUACUCCGGCUUCGGCGGGCAGGUGGAUUUCAUCCGCGGCGCGGCCGAGUCGGUGGACGGGCGCGGAAAGCCCAUCAUCGCCCUGGUCUCCACCACUAAGCGCAACGAGACCAAGAUUGUGCCCACGCUGAAAGUCGGAGCGGGCGUGGUGACGUCCCGCGCGCACGUGCACUACGUGGUGACGGAGCAGGGCAUCGCGGACCUGUUCGGCAAGACGCUGCGCCAGCGCGCGUACGAGCUCAUCCGGGUGGCCCACCCCGACCACCGCGAGGCGCUCGAGAAGGCCGCCUUCGAAAGGCUCAAGUGCAUGCCCGCGCCCUAAACCCCUCACCACACGGCGCGGGGCCUCGCUUCAUGACGUCACGGUUACUUGUCGUGCAAAUUCAAAUUACAUUAGCGAGAAAAAUAAUAAGCAUUGAAUCGAAAAUAUAUUAUAGACAGAAACCUGGCGAAUAAGGCAAACCCGAAGCAAGUCAAGUGCCUUAUUUGAUUUUUAAUUCAGAACUUAAUCACGUAAAGUUUUAUAAGUGAUUACUCACGUAUAAACCAUAUUUUAUUUACCUCGACGUUUCAGACGUAUUGCAAUGUUCGUGGUCUAUUAAUCACGUAUGAAAUAUGUUUUAUACGUGAUUAACCACUCAUAAAACUUCGGGCCUUAAGCCCCGAAUUAAAAAUCAAAUAAUGUGUGAGAAUCGUGAAAGUUUAAACCACAGUCUAGUGCCACUCAUCAUCAGAGCGAUAAAAACAAAACUACAAUCGAUAUAGUAUAGUCACUAGAAGUCUGUAUUGUAUUGAUGUAUCUGGCAACAUUCGCACAGAAUAAACUCCCAAGAAGUCGCAGAAUACGGCCUCUGGGUUGCCAUUCUCCAAAUUUACUACUGUUUUAGUAGAUUUUGUAGUUUUUCUAGUAUUAUAGAUAAAUUGUAUAAAAAUCAAUCAAGGGUUAUAAACCAACCGCUCUGAACGAGCUCAUUCUUCGGCCUAGCGUCGAGCAAUCAACGACCCCUGAGAAUGCCUCGUGGUGAGGCGAAACACGUGUCGGGUAUAUUUUUGGUGGUGGUUUGUGACUGUAGUUGCGCUUGUGUUAUUUAUUUUAAUAAUUUUAUACGGAGGGAGGGUGGGGAAAUUAACUGCAUGAAAAAUAUUCAGCACAAGCGCAGCUAUUUUGCACGGUUUAAGCUUCACUGGGUACGCGGUGUUGCAUUUUUAUGUAUAAAAGUCGACUGCCAGCAAUUGUUUUUGCUAUAGCUAUAGGAUAGCUAUGUCGUUUUUUGUUUCACUUAGGAAUUAAAACUAAAAUAUGCAUUUGAAUAAUUGGUAAUGAAAAUCUAGAACGAUAGAAAGCUCCAUUUAGUGCGUAGGAAUUGGAGCUGCAUUCCUCCUUAUCUGCAACUGCAGCGUCGACAAGUUGCUCAUUGUGACUACAUCCUUAGUGACAUCUAGAUCCUAGUCUAUAUAAAAUGCCUUAAACACGUCAAUAUUACGCUAUGUUGUUUAUUGUAUAAGCUUAAAUGCAUUUUUCAGGUAAUAUAUAUAUAUGUACAUUUUCAUUUUUUAUACAUAUUUCAGGUUCGUGUAAAAUCGAAAAAUAAUUG